CUUUUAAUCCAAGUCGUCCUCUCUUUCCUCGCACCGCGCGCGUACCAACGAAAAGAAAAAGGGCAAAACGCGAGCAAAAAGUAGGGAGGCCAAGCACUCGCAGCACGCCCGCCGGGGGAUGACGCGCGCCCGCCCCCGAUGGCCGUACCGCUGCAGACGCUAGUCCUCGCCGCGAUCCUCAUCCUCUGCUUCCUCCUCUCCGCGGCCGCGCUCUACCUCCGCGUCCGCCGCAGGCCCCAGCAGCGGCAGCGGCAGCAGGCACUCCCGCCGCCCGAGCACGAGCUUGCGGGGGCGUCCCUCGAGCCGCCCGCCCUAGAGGGGGAGGAGGAGCCGGCGGACGAGGGCGGCAGGGAGAGGCGGCGGCGGCGGCGGAGGGCGCGGAGGAAGCGGCAGCAGCAGCAGGGGGAAGGGGAGGGCGCGGAGGGUGGUGGCGGAGACGCUGCGGCGCCCUCCGCGAAGGCGGGUAGGGAGGGGAAGGGGGAGGCACAGAAGGAGGCGCUGCUGCCCCGGCGGCCGCAGUUCCCGCUCGCGUCGGUGGCCGGCGCGCUGCAGCGGCGGAUCAACGCGCGCUACGACGACCUCGCGCGGGCGAGUGAGGCACGGUGCCUCACAAUUGAACAGGUUCAUGAGUUUGUUAACUGUCUGGUAGAUGCAAGAAACGAACUGCUGCAGAGGUCUGAGAACGUACAGAGAAGCUUCAAAAUCAAGAAGGCCAUGCUAUCUAACCCUCGUAAUUAUAGAUCUUCGUAUGAUUGCCUCUUUGAACAGGUAUGUAGAUUGGAAACUGAACGUGAUAACCUAAAGAAAGAUGCUGCCAUUUACAAUUAUCUUCAAGAGCGGCUUCAGAAGUCAGCUCCAUACAAACUGAUCAUGGAGCUUGGUGCUCUGGAGAACGAAGCCCCAGAAAUAUCAUUUGAUGAGUUGCUGGCUCGGGAGAAGGAGGAUACUGCAUUUUGGCAGCCUAACGGAAAGCUGAGAUCAAUCUCGUCCAAGUAGGACUGCAACAUCCUCAACAUCAGUAGUCGAAACUUAAACCGAAUUUGUUCCUGGGAGAACAAAAACAUCCGGACCAUGGUGUAAUCUGGAUCUUGCCGUGUGCCUUUCAGUCCUGACCUCAAUCUGGGGCUCUGGGCAGAUUAACAAUUGUGCUGUGCUCUUCCAGCGUGGUCUUCCAUAUAUGUAUCGCGAGGGUUCCGUUUGUGCUGCGA